GAAAAUCAAUAUUAAAUACGUCGAACGUUACAACUGUGCCAGAUUAAAGUAACUGGCCACAAUAACUAUUUUAUUCUGUGUUGUACACUCGAUCUGAAAAUCCUUGGGGUAAAAAGUAUCGACAGAAAUCGAAUUGUUUUUUUUUUUAGUUCAUAUCAAUCAUUGCGUUGCGUUGGUAAUCUUUGAAAUCAAUCUUGUUCUGUUGGUGUUGGUAUUUUUAGUACAGAAAAAAUUUAACAAUUACAAUGAAGACUGAAAUAUUUGUGAUGAAAAGUGUGAUAAUUUUAUUGUUUACAUUGAAAUGUUCAAGCGUCGAAGAUGUUAGAAAAGGAGCUGUAGUUACAAAUGGAUUUGGAUGUUCAGAAAUCGGAGCUGCCAUUUUACAAAAAGGUGGAAACGCUGUGGAUGCUGCCAUUGCAGCCCUGUUUUGUGAAGGAGUAUCAAUGCCACAAUCAAUGGGCCUUGGUGGAGGAUUUUUAGUGACUUUGUAUAACAAAACAACAGGAGAGGUAUGGACUAUGAAUGCUAGAGAAACAGCUCCUAAAAACGCUCAUCGAGAUAUGUACUUAAAAGAUCCAGAUUCUUCAAAGUGGGGUGGUAAAGCAGUUGGAGUACCCAGUGAACUCAGAGGCUAUUGGCAUCUUUACCAAAAGUUUGGUGGAAAAGUUUCUUGGAGAGAAUUGAUUGAACCAACUAUUAAAAUCUGUACCAAUGGAGUCAAAGUGACAUCAUAUUUAGCUGGCGUGUAUAAACGAAAGAAAGAUUUUUUAUAUAAGGAUCCUGUCAUGAGAUCAAUCUACAUAAAUUCAGUUACUAACGACACGUAUCAAGAAGGGGAAAAUGUGAAACUUCUCAAACUCGCAGAAACCCUUAAAAUAAUUGCAGAAGAAGGUGGGGAUGCCUUACAUAAUGGAUCUCUUACUGAAAAUUUUGUUAAAGAUGUUCAAGAUAAUGAUGGCAUAUUAACAGUAGAAGAUAUGAACAAUUAUUUGCCUAUAUGGGAGAAACCAAUCUCAGUCGAUCUGAAAAAUAACCAAAUCCUGUACACAUCGCCCUUACCCGCCAGCGGCAUUCUAAUUGCCCUAAUUCUAAAUACGUUGAGAGAUUUUGUUGAUACAUAUAAUGUUGACAGCGUCACGGCGUCUCAGAGAAUUGUAGAAACUUUCAAGUACGCUUACGGAAGAAGAGGAGAAAUGGGGGAUCCGAAUUUCGCGAACGUUACAGAGUUAAUAAACGACUAUACAUCCAAAAGUUAUGCUACCAAAAUACGAGCAUUGAUAUCAGAUACGAAAACUUACCAAAAUCCAGAGCAUUAUAAUGCUAAAUUCGCUUCUCCAGAUGACCACGGUACAGCCCAUAUAUCUGUUUUAUCCCCAGAUGGAGAUGCAGUAGCAGUAACCAGUACCAUAAAUCUUUUGUUUGGAGCUGGGUUUGCUUCUAAAAGUACGGGAAUUAUCCUAAACAACGAAAUGAGGGACUUUUCUUCUCCAAAUAUGCUAAACGGUAACGGUUUUGCUUCAUCUCCUAUUAAUUUUGUAGCGCCCGGUAAGAGAGCUGUAUCAGCCAUGUGUCCAGUUAUUAUAUUAGAUGGAAAUAAAGAUGUUCUGAUGGCGAUCGGUGGAGCAGGAGGACCAAAAAUAACAACGGCUGUUUCUUUGGUUAUAAUGAGACAUUUAUGGUUAGGUAUGGAUCUAAAAUCUGCAAUUUACGAAAAACGAUUCCAUCAUCAACUGUUUCCAAUGGAAAUCAGUUUUGAACCCCAAUACGCUACUGAGGGAAGACAUAUUGUUGAUGGACUAGCAAAAAUUGGUCACAAGUACAUAAAUUCCCCAGAUGAUAACGGAUUCGCUGCUAUUACUGGAAUAUCUGGAAAAGAUAAUUCUGGAACUAUUUCUGCCUGGAGUGAUAGACGAAGACCAGGGUAUACAACCUAUGUAUAUUAAAGCUACCUCUAUUAUUUUAUCAAAUAAUAUUUCUUUAAAAUACCAUGUUAAUAUUAGUAAAUUUCGUCAUGUAAAGUAGAAUAAUUCAAAUCAGGCUGUAGAAAUACUAUUUAUUGUCAAAAUGUUAACAAGUAGCUUAAAUAGUAUGUAAGCAAAAUAAUUGUAGUCAUUUCCAAAAACAUUUUUUUGGAAUUGUAGAUAACUAAUUAGGAUUACACUGUCUUAAACUGUAUUAUGUCGAUUUACACGAACAAUGAUUAACAAUUAUUUACAAAUGAUUAGUAUUUUAGAGUUAGGAAACUCGGGUUUUAUUUUUUGUGAUUAUAAAAUGCUAUUUACGAUACUGUAUAUAAGUUAUG